UUUUUUUUCGGGAUUCUCUCUGGACUAGGAGCGCUUGGAUCGUUUGGGGUAUCAGGAAGAAGAAAGAGAAAAGGACGCAAGAGUUUUAGGACCUCGAUUGAGCAGAAAGGAAUAUCCGUCAAAAUGGGGAGACUCAUCAAGAACCACUGGGCCAGACUCAUCUCGCUCACCGCCGCAGCCUACCAAGUUUGUGCUGCCGUGGAAGCCUUCUUCUGGCCCAAGAUAUUCUUCGACUUCAUGACCAAGACGCUGGACCCGGCCGUCAAGCCGGUGCCGGCGCUGCAAAUCAUCAACCUGGUCAUGGGGAUAUUCAUACUCGCGUGGGAGUGGCCGCUGGGCUUGGUCGCCGGAACGUCACUCCACCGCAGCAUCGAGGCCCGUCUCGCUUCGUUCCCGCUCGCCUCCCUGGCCUCCGUCCUGCUGUACCAAGGCACCAACUCCGCCAUAUACUACGUGGUAGGGAUGGCUGUCUAUUUCUGGGCGUACAGCGAAGGCGAGAUCAUAUGCGAGAAGCCGUGGACCCUGCCGCAACGAGGUCGCCCUGGUGGCUCCAAGGCGUAGGCGCAGCGACAACCGCCUACAGUCCUGAUGGAGCAAAUGCAUCCCGGGUCAUUUGUACAUGUCGGCUCUGGCCUCCACGUCCCUCUUCCUUCCUUAUACCCAUUCGCCUCGACGGUCGGAUAAUCGGCGCUGGCCCUGAUCCC